AUGCAAGGAUGGCGUAUAAGUAUGGAAGACGCACACGCCGCAGUUCUCGACCUACAGCCCGAGGGAAGUGGCAAGUCCAAACAGCCCUCCCCGCCAGACAAGAGGUUAUCGUAUUUUGGUGUCUACGACGGGCAUGGUGGGGAAAAAGUCGCGCAGUUUGCUGGAGAGAAUAUCCAUAAAAUUGUCGCAAAGCAAGAUGCGUUCUCCAAAGGAGACAUUGAGCAAGCCUUAAAGGAUGGGUUCCUCGCCACCGAUCGUGCAAUCCUCAAUGAUGCUCGUUACGAAGAUGAGGUCUCUGGAUGUACUGCAUCCGUCGGGAUCAUAUCAAAAGAUAAGAUAUGGGUGGCCAACGCAGGAGACUCUCGCACUGUCCUUGGAGUCAAGGGGAGAGCGAAGCCGCUAUCCUACGAUCACAAACCCCAGAACGAAGGCGAGAAAGCCCGUAUAAGUGCCGCUGGAGGCUUUGUGGACUUUGGUCGGGUCAAUGGCAAUCUCGCCCUGUCACGUGCCAUAGGAGACUUCGAAUUCAAGAAGAGCGCCGACCUCUCUCCCGAGCAGCAGAUUGUCACAGCCUUUCCCGAUGUGAUCACACACGAAAUCUCACCGGAUGAUGAGUUUUUGGUGAUUGCUUGCGAUGGAAUAUGGGACUGUCAAUCCUCGCAGGCCGUAAUCGAGUUUGUGCGAAGAGGCAUUGUUGCCAAACAAGAGCUACAGCUCAUUUGCGAGAACAUGAUGGACAACUGCCUCGCGUCCAACAGUGAGACUGGAGGUGUGGGGUGCGACAAUAUGACCAUGAUUAUUAUCGGUCUGUUGAACGGCAAAAGCAAAGAGGAAUGGUAUGAUAUGAUCACUGAAUUCCGUGGACCAGGUGUCCGACAUCAAUUUGAUCAUGACAGUCCAGACGAAUACGAGCUUGAUCUAGACCACCGAUCUAGAGGGUUUGGGGGUCGGAGUGGUAGGAUCAUUUUGCUCGGGGAUGGAACAGAGGUCCUGACCGAUUCAGACGACGCGGAAAUGUUCGAUCACAGCGAGGAAGAUAAAGAUGCGGCGAACCAGGUCAAGAAGGGCACUCCGGACACAUCGGACGUCGACUCUGCACGAAGCGAACGAGAAGGCACCCCAGCUCCCCAGUCGGCCAGUGACGGGACGAAGCCAUCAAGUCAGCAGGAUACCUUGGACAGCAGCAAAGACGCAGAGAACACAGGACCCGCGGAUGACACGACCCAGAAGGCUGCUGUCUGA